UGCGGGGGGGACAACAGAACAAACAUGAACAGUCUCCUUUCCAGGGAUGUCCAGAUAAAGAGCAUGGAGCAGACAGUGAAACAUGCUGAGAAGUAUCUAGGUGAGCUGUGCUCCCUGCUGGCCUCCUACACCAGGAAGACAGCCAAGCUUAGAGACAAGGCAGACAUCCUGGUGGCUCAGCUCUUUGACUUCUCCAGCAGAGAGGAUCCCGAGCUCCAGGUUGGCCUGAAAAACCUGGCGGAAGACCUGGCCAUGGUGCAGGACUAUAGACAGGCGCAGGUAGAGAGACUGGAGAUGAAAGUUGUUACUCCUCUAAAAGCCUAUGGAGACAUAAUCAAAAAUAAAAAGGCAGAUCUCAAGAAGUUCAGCAUUGACUUGAACAGUCAGCUGAAGGAGUUGCAGAAACUGGAGAAAAUACGACUAAGGAACCCAGCUGAUCGACAGACCAUUUCCCAGGCAGAAGUAAAUGCUCAGAAGGCUUCCAACAAUGCCCAGCGCAAUAUCAGACAACUGGAGGAGACCAUCACAGACUUCCAGAGACAGAAGCUAGAGGAUAUCAAAAGGAUUUUCACAGACUUCAUCACAGUGGAGAUGCUCUUCCAUGCUAAAGUGCUGGAGGUCUAUGCACAUUCAUACCACAACCUGGAAGAAAUGAACACUCAAAAGGAUCUGGAGCUAUUCAGUGGACGGAUCAAGAUGUCUGACUCUCUGGCUGAGCGCCUUGACACCUCUCUGAUCAGCUACUCUUCUCCCCUCAUGAGCCACUAUCCCAGUCCUCCUCUGGCCUCCACCAUAGGCCGCAGCCUCAGGACACCAUUGGCUUCUACCAAAGGCCAGCAUCACAGACAACACAGCCAGUACCCAGACACAGGCAGGCGGUCUCGCAGCAUCUUACAACGCCAGAGAGGCAUGGAGGAGGAGGAGGAGAAGGAGCUGGAGGGGGAAGAAGAGGAUGAAGAAGAGGAGGAAGAAGAAGAGGAGGAAUCAAAGAUAGAAGAGGGUCAGCAGACCAGCAGGCGGUCUUAUGCUGCUCAAUAUACCCAGAUGCGCAGAUGGCAAAAGUAACAGCCUAUUUGGAAAAACACACAGAUACACAGAUCCAACUACUUGCACACAAUGCAGGGCACAUAUCAAUGAAAAUAUUCUGUAGUUUUUUUCCAUGCUGAAAUAGAUGCUGUUACAUGUACAGCUGUCUUCCAAUCAACUUAUUUUCAUUAUUGUUGUCACCAAGGUGCAGUCUUUUCAAAUUAUGUUUAUACAAUGUAAAUGUAAUACUGAAUGCACUGAAAAACUCACAUAUAUUAGUAAUUUCUCAUUUGCUUAUGAUCUCUGCUGGAAAUGAGUCAGAUCGGCAGAAAAAACGACUCCCAAAAUAAACCAAGAUGGAUCAACUCACUUCAAGAAAAUAUGUUUUAUUUCAGUUCUUUCAAGUUGGA